AUGGCGGAAUGCGAGGUCGUUGAAUACCGGUACUACUAUCCGCCGGGUGUGCAACGAAUGGUUGCAUGCGGAACCAGCGCUUUCAUCGGGGAGGUCGACGAUUCGACCGUUUUGAAAUACCCACUGGAGCCUGGCGGCGACCUGACCCGACUUGAGCUUGAACACCAGAUCCCCACCGUGGUCGGUCGACAUCCCCGCAUUGUUACGCACAAGGGAUACACAGAGGCUGGUCUCCAUCUCGAGCGUGUCGCCAACGGAACAAUCCAUGACUUCCUGUCUGCGUCAGAUCAUCCCAGGCCAUCUCUUCAGCAGAGGUUGGCAUGGUGUCGAGAACCGUCCGAAGCAGUAGAUCAUAUCCAUUCGCGGAGGGUGCUCCAUUGCGAUAUCCAGCCUACCAACGUGCUGGUGGACAGCGAGCUGCAUCUAAAGCUAGCCGAUUUCCAAGGACAGCACCUUUCGGAGGACGGUGAUGUUAUUCUGGAUGGCUGUAGCUGCGAGCCAUGCCGGUAUCUCUGUCCUCGAGAGGAUGAAUUCGCUGCCGACUUCACAACGGAUAUUUUUGCCCUUGGAUCCACCGUGUAUUUCAUCAUGACUGGGGAGGAACCUUUUUCGGAUAUCGUCAGCGGAGACCCUGGCUGGCAUGAGGAGGUCAAAUCUCGUUUUGCGAGGGGCAUCUUCCCGCAAGAAUCUUCUGUCUGUAAUGGCAUUCUACAGAAAUGUUGGAAGCAACAGUAUUGCUCUGCUACGGAGAUUAUCGAGGACAUCCUACUAGUGGUUGAAAAUAGUGGGCUGCAUUGA